GCUCAGUAGCCAUCGUAGAGCGCAGGCGCAGCGCACGGAGUGGACAUUUUGGUCUUUGUCCGUGGGUCAGUCCGGCCCAUGGGUCCACGUGGCGUGAAAGUAGGAGGGCUGCUUCUUUGUGCAUCCCUGGAAACGGCAUUUUCUUCAUCCUUCAGAAGUUCCUGAGACUCCCAAGGCUCAGCCUGAGUUCUAGGAGGGUACUUUGGCUCCAGCAUUAACCUUCUAGUGGUGUGUCAUUUCCCCAGUAGCAGGUUAUAAACUGAUUAAACUUUAUGUGAUCCUCUUUUGGAGCAAGAAGAUAAACUGGAUGGGGAAGAAAGAAAUGGAAAGGAAAUUUGUGCAGAAGAAGCCUGAGAAGAUGAUGAGCAAAUAGAGAGGCAGCAAGACGCAUCCAUCUCCAGUAAAGUACAGACUGAGAAAAAAAGCAGUGAAUAUAAGAAAAUUGGAAAGAUACUUCCUGUGAUCUCAGACCUUAGAUCUUUUAAGGUACCACCUUUUCCAGCUACCUAGAAAGAGUGUCAAAACACAGUUUAGACUUAAUCAAUCAUGAGGGACAUUGUGUAGGAAAGAAUCAUCAAUUUUAUUAGUUUGGAAAUCCUGCCACAGCUUACUCCUUACGGUAAUAACCCUCUUUUAAGAGUAAAUCAGUGUAGAAAUGCCUUCAGUUAAAAAAAUUUGAACCCCAUGUGAUAUCAGAGCAUUCAUGCUGGGUUAGAAACCGUAUGAAUUUACUGACAGAAAAUUUUCACUCACGUGUCACACUUCAUUAAAUGUAGAAAUCAGGCUGGAGGGAAACCUUGUUCUAAGGAAUAUUGAAAAGCCUUCAGCUAGAUGACAUAUCUUAUUGAGCAGAAGAAAAUCCAUACUGGAGAGAAACCAAUGAAUGUAACAAAACUUCAUUGAAUAUUAGAAAACCUAUACUCUGAGAGAAAGCUUUGAACUGAGUAUGAUAAAGUUUUCUCUUGAACCUUAUCCCGUUACUUUUGAAAGGUCAUACACAGAGAAGUACUACAAAUGUAAGAAAUGUGGAAAUACCUUCAGCCAAAAGUAAAUUCUCAUUCACCAAGAAAUUCAUACUGGUGAGAAACCUUGUGAAUGUAGGAAAACUUCCAUUCAGAUGUCACACCUCAAUCAGCAGAGAAUUUGUAGUGGGGGAAACCCCUUUGCUUGUAAGGUAUGUGGGAAAGCCUUCAGCCACAAAUCAAACCUCACUGAGCAUGAGCAUUUUCAUAAUAGAGAGAAACCUUUUGAAUGUAAUGAAUGUGGAAAAGCCUUCAGCCAAAAGCAAUAUGUCAUUAAACAUCAGAACACCCAUACUGGAGAGAAGCUUUUUGAAUGUAAUGAAUGUGGAAAAUCCUUCAGCCAGAAGGAAAACCUCCUUACUCAUCAGAAAAUUCACACUGGAGAGAAACCUUUUGAGUGUAAAGAUUGUGGAAAAGCUUUCAUUCAGAAGUCAAACCUCAUCAGACACCAGAGAACUCACACAGGAGAGAAGCCUUUUGUAUGUAAGGAGUGUGGGAAGACCUUCAGUGGCAAAUCAAACCUUACUGAGCAUGAGAAAAUUCAUAUUGGAGAAAAACCCUUUAAAUGUAGUGAAUGUGGAACAGCUUUUGGCCAGAAGAAGUACCUCAUAAAACAUCAAAACAUUCACACUGGAGAGAAACCCUAUGAAUGUAAUGAAUGUGGAAAAGCUUUCUCUCAACGAACAUCACUUAUUGUACAUGUGAGAAUUCAUUCAGGUGAUAAGCCUUAUGAAUGCAAUGUAUGUGGGAAAGCCUUCUCUCAGAGUUCAUCUCUUACUGUGCAUGCGAGAAGCCAUACAGGUGAGAAGCCCUAUGGAUGUAAUGAAUGUGGCAAAGCCUUCUCUCAGUUUUCAACCCUUGCUCUGCAUUUGAGAAUACACACAGGUAAGAAGCCUUAUCAAUGUAGUGAAUGUGGGAAAGCUUUCAGCCAGAAGUCACACCAUAUUAGACACCAGAAGAUUCAUACUCAUUAAAAAUUCUGUGAAUAUUUUGAAAAUUGGAAAGCAUUCAUCAGGAAUUUACACCUCAUAGCACAUCAGAAAUAAUCAUUCUAAAGUAAAAUGUCACAAAUGAGGGAAACAAAAGUUAAAGACCUAUGGGCUACCAGAGAAUGCUGAAGAGAAAGACAUUUGUAAUAUAAAAAUUCCUGUGCCCAACAAAAAAAACCUACAGCAAAGGUAAUGCUGAAACUUUAGACACGUUUUAGACACAUUAGAAUGGAAAACAUGCUUGUUAUUAUUGCUGUCUGCAUAGAUCUGGAGAUCUUCACCAAUGUAAUAAGAAAAAUAAGUUGUAAUAAGAAAAUAAGGAAAAGACUUAUGGUAUUGAUUUAACAGAGCUGAAGAGAUUCUGGAAUCACCUAUGCAUUUAUUCGAGUUUAGAAUAGGAUAGAAAUGGCAUCAGGAGGUAAGAAGAUAAUGGGACUAUUUAAAAAAUGAUUUGGAGGUAAUUUGUUCUCCAAGGAAAAAAAUACACCAUGAACUAUACACAAAGGUAAGAUCCAUGGGGAUUAAAAACAGGAAUAUGAAAAAGCUGUAUAGUAAAAUGGUUAUGACCUUGGGAGUAGGGAAACCUUCCUUAUAACAGAAAUACCUAGCAAUUCUAUUCUGAGUUUUUAUGCUCAAGAAAUAUGUACUAGGCUAUUUACUGUGACAUGAUUUGUAGUAGCUAUAAAUUGGAAACAACUUAAAUGCCCGUCAAUGAAAUGGAAAAUACUUAUGAUGGGAUACUGUAUAUGUGUAAAAUGUAACAAAUGAGAUCUGUAUUACAGAGAAAGAUCUCAUAAAUGUUGAGGGAGAAAAUGAAGUUGCAGAAUGACAUGUAAUACCAUGACAUUUUUGUAAAUUUGAGUUAAAACUUCCCUCAUAAAAUGCAGUACUAUAUAUUAGUAACAGAUACAUAUGUAUGUAUGUUUUAAAAAUGUUUUUGAAAUGGAUUGGAAGGAUACAGACCAAACUCUUGAUAGUGGUUGCCUGUGAAGAGUGAACAAGGGAAGGGAAUGAAUUUGGGAGGGGUGGAGUGGGGAUUGGUUAAAGGAGACUUCAUUUUAUAUGUAAGCGUCCAUUUCUUUAAAAACAAAAGAGACUGCAAGUAAAUAUAUAUAUAUAUAUAUAAAAAUACUGGAUAGUUCUGGAUUGUGGUAUAUGGAUAUCUUGUCAUAUUUUUUGUACUUUUCUGUCUUUUUAAAUUUUCUCAAGAAUGGGGGUGAGGAUGGGAACACUGUACCUAUACAAAUCAUGUUCAGAUGGAUUCAUUCCCAAUCAAAUACUAAACUUUUUAUAGAAAAUAUUUCUAAAAUUUUAAUCAAUGAUAAGUGGAUGAACUUGUUCUCUAUGUAGUAUGAAAUUAUCUAUUUUAUUAAAAUUAAAAAUGGCAUAAUCCAAA